AUGUCACUAAUGGACAAUUGGAAGACUGAUAUGGAAAGUUACGAUGAAGGAGGCCUAGUUGCUAAUCCGAACUUCGAGGUUCUGGCCACUUUCAGGUACGACCCUGGUUUUGCACGCCAGUCAGCGUCAAAGAAAGAGAUCUUUGAAACUCCAGACCCUCGAUUAGGUUUGAGAGACGAAGAUAUUAGGCAGCAGAUAAUUAAUGAGGAUUACUCAAGUUAUUUACGAGUAAGGGAGGUUAAUUCCGGCGGUGACCUUCUCGAAAAUAUUCAGCAUCCUGAUGCUUGGAAGCAUGAUUGCAAGACCAUUGUGUGCCAGCGUGUAGAAGAUAUGCUACAAGUCAUUUAUGAACGAUUUUUUUUAUUAGAUGAACAAUACCAAAGAAUAAGAAUAGCAUUAUCAUACUUUAAAAUUGACUUCAGCACGUCUCUGAAUGAUUUAUUGAAGUUAUUGGUUGAAAACUUGAUUAAUUGUAAAGAAGGAAAUUCAGAGUAUCACGAAAAAAUUCAAAAAAUGAUCAACGAAAGGCAAUGCUAUAAAAUGCGGGUACUUGUCUCUAAGACAGGAGAUAUACGAAUUGAGGCAAUUCCAAUGCCUAUGGAGCCUAUCCUAAAAUUAACAACCGAUUAUGACAGUGUUUCCACAUACUUCAUCAAAACGAUGCUCAAUGGAUUUUUAAUUGAUAGCACAAUAAAUUGGGAUGUUGUUGUUUCAUCUGAACCAUUGAACGCAUCAGCUUUCACCAGUUUUAAAACCACUUCAAGAGAUCAUUACGCUAGGGCGAGAGUUCGCAUGCAAACUGCUAUAAAUAACUUAAGAGGUUCAGAACCUACUUCUUCUGUCUCGCAAUGCGAAAUUUUAUUUUCCAACAAAUCUGGCCUGCUGAUGGAAGGUUCAAUAACAAACGUGGCUGUAAUUCAAAAAGAUCCUAACGGUUCUAAAAAGUAUGUGACACCAAGAUUAGCAACUGGAUGUUUGUGCGGAACAAUGCGUCAUUAUUUAUUGCGGCUCGGCCUUAUUGAAGAGGGAGAUAUAGAUAUAGGAAGCCUUACCGUUGGCAACGAAGUUUUGCUUUUCAAUGGCGUCAUGGGAUGCAUAAAGGGAACAGUGAAGACAAAAUAUUGA